GCUCAUUCUCCCCGUGCGCAGCCGGUGGCAUCGCCGGGGCGUUGGCGGAAGCCCCCGGGGCUCAGAAGGGGGCAGGCCCAGGCGGGGCCGCCGAAUCACGGGCUCCUGUUUCCCGCAGGGUGCUGGAGGAGGAAACCGGCGGAGCAGCUUCCCCACUCUCAGUUGCGCGUCUGGCGAUGGCGAUCAGAGGUCCUGCUGCGCUCUCCGCUGCGCUCUCCCUCCAUUAGCCGCGCUACGCGGUGCUGCGCCCUCGCUGGUGCCUCGCUCCUGGCUCACAGGAUCGGCCCCCCACUUCCAGGCACGACCCCCUUCCCCGGCCCCUCGGCCUUUCCCCCCACUCAGCCAUCUCCGACCCGGGGCGCGCGCUCCCCCCGGCCCGGAUCCUUCUUUCCCUUCGGGGACACCCGCUCCCUAGCCCCGGCUCGACCCUCCCCAAAGCGCAGCACGGAGUCUCAGCGUCCCAUGGCGCAACCCACAACCUCGGCCCAGAAGCUGGUGCGGCCCAUCCGCGCCGUGUGCCGCAUCCUGCAAAUCCCGGAGUCCGACCCCUCCAACCUGCGGCCCUAGAGCG